UUUAGACCGUUAGGUGCGCUAAAAUCAACUUCUUUAAUGUAUUUUAAAGAAGGCAUAGAUCAGCGUACCUGUGAGUUGCAAAUGGUGGACGGUCUGUCAUCGUUGUGCUGUAACAUCAGGUAAAAUGUAUAAAGCCAGGACGGUGUUUAACACCUUGGUGCCUCUGGCACCACGCGUGUGUGGACCAGAAAGGUUUGCUUCAUGGUUAGUACGCAGUCAUAAUUUUACCAGAACGACUCAAGCAAUAGUCAUAGCACCAACUCGGAAAUACAAUAGUCGUGUUGCUACUGAACCUUUCUUAAAUGGCAGUACUAGCUCAUAUGUAGAAGAAAUGUACAAUGCCUGGUUGCAAGAUCCUCACAGUGUACAUGUGUCAUGGGAUUCCUUUUUCCGUAGUAGCACUGCGGGAGCUGGUCCAGGUCUAGCGUAUCAAGCUCCACCAUCUCUUGCUCCAAGUCAUAAUCAGGUACCACUUGGAGCAUUAUUGCCUCUUGGUGGUGGAUCUCAAAUUAGUCAGAUGCCCAUUAAUGAAAAAAUUAUAGAUGACCAUUUAGCUGUGCAAGCCAUUAUUCGUUCAUACCAGAUCCGUGGCCAUCAUAUCGCGAAAUUGGACCCACUUGGAAUCAACAGCGCUGAUCUUGAUGAUAGGCAUCCUCAAGAAUUGCUCUAUAAUCAUUACUCAUUCGGGAGGGGACAACGCACUACUUACGCUCAGGAACUACAAUACCGAGUAGCUGCUCUUAUGAAAAAGGAAUCAGAUAUGGAUCGCGUUUUCAAAUUGCCGUCUACCACUUUUAUCGGUGGUAAAGACAAAUCAUUACCACUGCGUGAAAUUCUUAAACGAUUAGAAGCAACUUACUGUGGACAUAUUGGCGUGGAAUUUAUGUUCAUUAAUUCCUUGGAACAAUGCAAUUGGAUUCGACAGAAGAUGGAAACGCCUGGUAUAAUGGAAGCUACGAAUGAUGAAAAGCGACUUAUUUUGGCUAGAUUAACUCGAGCUACAAGAUUUGAAGCUUUCCUCGCACGUAAAUGGUCAUCUGAAAAAAGAUUUGGAUUAGAGGGUUGUGAAAUCUUAAUUCCUGCUAUGAAACAAGUAAUUGAUAAAUCCACAGAACUUGGUGUAGAAUCUAUUGUCAUGGGUAUGCCUCAUCGUGGUCGUCUCAAUGUUUUAGCUAAUGUUUGUCGUAAACCACUAAGUCAGAUAUUUACUCAAUUUGCUGCGCUUGAAGCUGCUGAUGAUGGUUCUGGAGAUGUCAAAUAUCAUUUGGGAACGUAUAUUGAACGUCUUAAUCGCGUUACGAAUAAAAAUAUUCGUUUAGCCGUUGUGGCAAAUCCAUCUCACCUGGAAGCAGUUGAUCCAAUUGUGCAAGGAAAAACUCGUGCUGAACAAUUUUACAGAGGAGAUGGUGAAGGCAAAAAGGUAAUGUCUAUUCUUCUACAUGGUGAUGCGGCAUUCUGUGGACAAGGAAUCGUAUUUGAAACCAUGCAUCUGUCAGAUUUACCAGAUUAUACAACUCAUGGUACUAUCCAUAUUGUUGUCAAUAAUCAAAUCGGUUUUACAACAGAUCCUAGACAUUCUAGAUCUUCUCCUUAUUGUACCGACGUUGCCAGAGUGGUAAAUGCACCAAUUUUCCACGUAAAUUCUGAUGAUCCUGAAGCGGUAAUGCAUGUAUGUAAAGUGGCUGCUGAAUGGAGAGCAACUUUCCAUAAAGAUGUUGUUAUCGAUUUAGUUUCAUACAGACGUAAUGGACAUAACGAAAUUGAUGAGCCAAUGUUUACGCAACCUCUGAUGUAUCGCAAAAUUAGACAUACACCACCGGCUCUUGAUAAAUAUGCUAAAUCGCUCAUUGAUGAUGGUGUUGUUACAACGGAAGAAGUAAAGGAUGUACAAGAUAAAUAUGAAAAAAUAUGUGAAGAGGCAUAUGUGAAUGCUAAACAAGAAACACAUAUUAAAUACAAGGAUUGGCUAGAUUCUCCAUGGUCUGGUUUCUUUGAAGGUAAAGAUCCAUUGAAAGUAUCGCCUACUGGUAUCAAGGAAGAUACACUUGUGCAUAUUGGAAAGAAGUUUUCAUCGCCACCGCCUAAUGCUGCGGAAUUUGUGAUUCAUAAAGGUAUUGAACGUAUCUUGAAAUCUCGUAUGGAAAUGGUCGAAGCUAGGACAGUUGAUUGGGCUCUUGGAGAAGCUAUGGCAUUUGGUUCUCUUCUUAAAGAAGGGAUUCAUGUAAGAUUAUCUGGUCAAGACGUGGAAAGAGGUACAUUCUCACACAGACAUCACGUCUUACAUCAUCAGACCGUUGACAAAGCUACAUAUAGGCCACUUUGUUACUUAUAUCCCGAUCAAGCUCCAUACACGGUUUGCAAUAGUUCUCUUUCUGAAUUUGGUGUUCUUGGGUUUGAAUUGGGUUAUUCCAUGACAAAUCCUAAUGCAUUGGUAUGCUGGGAGGCACAAUUUGGUGAUUUUAACAACACAGCCCAGUGCAUAAUAGAUCAAUUUAUUAGUAGUGGACAAGCAAAAUGGGUACGUCAGUCUGGACUAGUUAUGCUCCAGCCUCAUGGUCUAGAAGGAAUGGGACCUGAACAUUCUAGCGCUCGUUUGGAACGCUUUCUUCAAAUGUCCGCUGAUGAUCCAGAUUACUUUCCACCGGAAAGCGAAGAAUUUGCCGUGCGACAAUUGCACGACAUUAACUGGAUCGUUGCCAAUUGCAGUACACCAGCUAAUUACUUCCACAUUCUAAGGAGACAAAUUGCAUUACCCUUCCGAAAACCAUUGAUAAUGAUGACGCCUAAAUCUCUACUUCGUCAUCCAGAAGCAAAGUCUAGUUUCGAUUUGAUGCUGGAAGAUACAGAAUUCCUUAGAGUGAUACCUGAGGAAGGGCCAGCUGCAAAUAACAGUGGCAAUGUUAAAAGAUUAGUUUUCUGUUCUGGAAAAGUUUAUUACGAUUUGAAGAAAGCACGUUCAGAGAAAAAAUUGGAUGAUCAAAUUGCUAUUGCAAGAGUUGAACAAAUUUCACCCUUCCCAUAUGACCUCGUAAAGAAAGAAGCUGCUAAAUAUCCAAAUGCAGAAUUAAUCUGGUCUCAAGAAGAACAUAAGAAUCAAGGCGCCUGGACUUAUGUGCAACCAAGAUUCCAUACUGCACUUAAUGGAACACGUAAUGUUACUUUUGGAGAAGCGACAAAAUCCAAAAAAACCGACAGUAGUGAAGGAUGGUUGAGUGGUUGGUUUUCUUCAUCUAAACCAGUAAAACCUAUUCCCAUGCCCGAGUCAUCAGAUACUAAUAAAUCUAAGCAGAGAAUAGUGAGAUAUGCUGGUCGCCCCACUGCAGCAUCUCCUGCAACAGGUAGCAAAAUGCAACAUCUAAAAGAACUUAAACAAAUUCUGGAUGAUUCACUGAACGUUUAAUAAUCCUUCGUAGUGCUAUGUAGAAACAAAUUUUAUUUAUUAUAUUAUACUAUAUUUGUUAUUUUUUUGUUCUAUUCUAUGUCAAUGGAGAUAAUACCAUCACGCAACUAUGUAAAUGAUUUCUUUGUUAGUAAUCAACUUAUAAAAUCACUGUACACAUGAAUAUUUUAUCACACUAAUGCAAAAUGUAUAUUUAUUAUACGUUUUAUUAUUUA